GACUAUAUUGCGGGGCAGUGUGAUAUCGAAGUGCUUUAGAGCCCGAUAGGGAAUUGAUAUCGAUGAACGAUUAUCCCCAAGAAAACAACGUUUUUAAAGUUUUUAACGCGACGAGAUGGAAGAAAAGGUACAGCCGAAAUUCGUACUUCCGUCUCCAAAAUUCGACAAGCCGAAUGGAGCCAACAAAGCCAAUCACCUCUAUCUGACCCCCAGUGGAAUGACCCUGCUGCCUAGGGCUAAACAGCCUCCGCCUAUGUAUGGAGCACGAGGAUCAACAGUGCCAGCUAAAUAUCUUGCCAAGGAGCAGAUAACACCGCAAAGCAGCCCAGUCAGCGUGCCAGAAGUGUCGCCUAUUUACCACUCUCCUCCACGACCGGAAUUCUGUCACACGUGUGGCAUGCAGUUGGCCAAUGCUCAGGACAUGAAACGCCAUAUGGAGCAACAUGAAUCCUGUCCCGCUGAUAACUGUGACUUCUCCGCGCUCCACAAUAUCUUGGAACGCCACAUUGAAGCUUAUCACAUCACAGGGACUUAUAAAAAGGUGAAGAAAGUGUGGACUGAUCAAGAAUUGGCUGCUUGGAGAGCUGAAAGGCGGAAAAGGUUUCCCACUGCAGCCAACGUUGAGAUGGCCAGAUUAGCAAAGGAACAGAGAAUCAAGCGAGGAGAGCGUCUGGAGGCUUCCAAAUCUCGCUUCGGAAAUCGCGAAGAUCGCCAAAGAACGCGACCACAAGGUGAUCAUAAAAAUUUUAAGGAGCGUUUAGAGCCAAAAAACAGAAAGAAAAGAGCCAAAGGCAAACCCGCAGAAAGGAAAAACAAUGAAAGAAUUAAACGCGAAAAUAAUGAUAAAACGAAUGAAGGCAAAGAAACCAUAAACCAGAAAGAGACUGAAAAAAUCAAAUCCAAUUUAAAAGACGAGGAAACUAAUCUGUGCGCGAAAUUUGGUGGAACUGGAAAUAUGACGGAUUAUCAGCAUUUUAAGCCAAAAGUUCAAACGAAGGAUAAUGCUUUGUUUGGCUUGAUCGGGAUGUAUGGUUCAGAUAGCGAAGAAGAAACUGAAACUGAGAGUGAGGAUCAGGAUGAAACAAAAGACAAUGUACAGAGUACAGAAAAAGAUCUCAGCCCCGUUGAUCUAGAUUCGAAAUUUAAAUCCAAUGCUGCCAUGGAGUGUAGCGAUUAUAAAUCUUCUCAAGGAAAUCUUUGUAAAGCGAAACCUAUUGAGGAUGCGCAAGGCAAUGAAGUUCGCACAUCUGCUUUGGAAAAUACCUCUUCAGAUGAAACACCCCAAGAGGAGCAUAUCAAUCGAGUAAAUCCAUCUAACCUACAAACUCUUCCUUCUGGUGAGGCACAAAGUGGUUCUUCCGACGAAGCACCAGACGAGGAGCCCUUCCAGAGAGUAACUGAAACUAUUAAAGAAACAACUUCCCCUUUAACUCAACCAAAGGUAUCUAAGCUACAAACUGCCCCCAAGCGAGCUGCUCCAAAGCGUGUUUACGGUUUGAAUUUCAAGAAAGCUCGUAAGCAAACGCAGCCAAACACCAUGUUAUCCAAGCUUUUGGAAUCGGACAUUCGCCAUGAGAGGAAUGUUCUGCUGCAAUGCGUACGUCAUGUUUGCGAGAGGAAUUUCUUUGGCAUAGGACAAACUAAAGGGGAACCAAAGCUAGUUUCAACUAGUGAUAGAGCUGAGAUGAAUCUUACUUGUGAUAAGCCCUCAGAUGUAACACCGAAUACGUGAUUUUGUUUAGCUAUUAAGUUAAAAAAUAAAGUACAAAUUAAACAUGAAAA